GUUUCAGCGGUGCUGACAGGUGGUUCCAGAGUUGACGCAAAGUUGUCAAGUUUGGACAAGCUGUUUGUUAGGAAACUUACUCUUCUUCACAUUCCUUUGCAACGUGCUUUCUAAAAAAAAAUGGCAGCAGAGCAAGCGAUUGGGAAGGUUACAUUCAAGAUAACAUUGACAAGCGAUCCAAAGCUACCCUUUAAGGUACUCAGCGUGCCAGAGUCAACACCUUUCACAGCAGUUUUGAAAUUUGCUGCUGAAGAAUUCAAAGUACCAGCUGCAACGAGUGCUAUUAUAACGAAUGAUGGAGUGGGUAUAAAUCCAGCACAGUCAGCUGGUAACAUAUUUUUGAAACAUGGAAGUGAACUGAGGUUGAUACCAAGGGAUCGAGUAGGUUCGUUACGAGUAACAAAAUUACACAAAGUUUAUUAUUUUUCGUGUGUGAUAUGUGGUAAAUGUCUGUAAUAAAAGUGCCUAUUGAAAUUUGGUUUUUGAUUUCUUAUGAGAACUCGAACAUUCAUUCAUGAUAAGUGUGUUUAACAUUAUGAAAUUGAACUACUUUUCUUGGUGCGUUCGUCUGUCGGAGCUUAAAUGAUUGAGAGAUGUUUGCUUGUAGUUUUAUCAUUCUUGAGGUGGACUGCAUUAUUCAUACCGGUUUCCGAACGUUAUCCAUAUCAGUUUCCUCUGUGAAGAACACAAACAUGUCGAUUUUGUUAUCGGUCAGUUACAGUUACUGCCUAAUUUGAAGUAUCAAUAAAAUUAAGUUUAAGGA